CCCGAGAAGCAAACCCCAGAACAAGAACGCCUCUUCGGAUCCAUGGGUUUCUUCAGGAGGAUCGCAGGGAUGCUCGGUUUCUCGAGGGACGACGGGCAUGACGGUGGGCAUGAGGCCGAGGAGGACGAUGACCGGAAGGCCAACGAUGUGCACCAUCGCGGCACCAAAGGGUUCAGUGUUCAGGUCCCAGUUGCGGUCGAUCGUCCCGCCCCUGGUCCUGUUCUCAUUCCUUGUAAGCUUGGUGAUGGCGGCGUUCAGGGCUUCAGGUGGUACUCCAGACGAAUGCGAAUCGAUGAAGACGGAGACAUGGCAGACGAGUUCUUGAGUGAAGUUUGCACUACAGAGACACAUCCCAAAUUCGAGGUGAAGUACAACACCAGGCCAGCAGCCAUCAGAAAACAAGUCAUCUCCGACGAUGGCAACGUGCGGUCUAGCAUCGAGUUACAAGGCAAGUUACAUUGGGUGUGAACUUUAUAACAUACAUAAUUUUAUGAAGGUGGUUGUCGUUGGCCCAGGUGUGUUUGGUUCUCAAUUUUUUGGCCUGCUAUUUCUUGUAACAAGUUGCACAUAGUUCAUCUCUACCACUGAUCUGCAACAUUUAUGUUCAAACUGAUUCUGUUA